GAGGACAAUUCCAAACCCAAUUAUAAAUGGUUCAUUAUAGAUAUAGAAGUUGGAUAAGAAAUGAGGAACUGAUUCUAGUGGCUUGAAUCAAUCAAAAAUGGCUUCCCAAGCGUCACAGAUCAUCAGCCUGAAGCUUCUGAUCGACAAGGACAAAAACAGAGUAGUUAUGGCUGAAGUUGACCGUGACUUUGUGGACACUCUUCUCAGCUUCUUAACUAUGCCCAUGGGAACCAUAGUGAGACUCAUCAGCAAACAGCCACAACCAGCCAUUAUUGGGUCCUUGACCAAUCUAUACAAAGAGUUGGAGAAUCUUGAGGAGGAGUUUCUGCAGACUCACGCUUGCAAGUCCAUGCUACUUCAUCCAAGGAAUCUUUCUGUAAUUGAUUGCAGGAGACUGAAACUGAACGUUGAUGAUACAGAACCCAAGUACCAUAUUUGUCCUGAUUGGAUCAAGUGCACCAGGGGUUUCAUUGAGGCGGAUUUUUAUAGUAUUUUCAACAAUGUUAACUGCGGUGUUUGCAGGAAAAUGAUGGACAUGGUCAUAUACAUAGAAAAAGAAGAUGAGGGUGCAAGUCACAAAGGAGAUGGAGGAGCGUUUGUUUGUGGAAUGACAAAGUUCAUGGUAACCGAUGAUUUGCAGGUAGAGCCCAUUUCUCCAACUACCAUAUUGACACAUUUGCACAAACUUGGGAUCAAAGACAUGAAUUCCCUCCAAGAGACAACAGUGAGUAUUGGCUCAGAAGAGAUCCUGAAUCUGCUGAAGGGAUUGUUAUUUUCCAAGACACCUCUAACAGAUGUGUUUCUUAGAAAGCAAGGAUUUACAUCUGAAGCCCCAAAAUUUGUGAUAGGAGAUGUAGUGCAGUCUAAGAGUGAAAGAUCUCCACUAGAUAUAACGAUGAAGUUAACGAUUAGCAAGUCAACGAACAAAGCAUUAUACGCUGAAGCUGGGGAAGACAUGGUUAACUUUCUCCUCAGCUUCCUUACCUUGCCUCUUGGAUCCAUUUUACAACUCUUGGAUGGGAAUUCAUUACUGGGAUCCACGGACAACUUGUAUAAGAGUGUGGAACGUUCAAAAGUUAUAAGGGAUGAUAUUCUAAGGAACCUGCUGCUUCAACCUGGGCUCUGCCAUUCUUCCUACAAUCCACUACAAGUAAAUGAAUAUGAACCUCCUUCCUUUUGGUGUACAAUUUAUGAAAAUCCAAAAAAUGAAGACGAUAAACCUUACACUUGCUAUCUGAGUACUAAGCCACAGUCUAAUCGUGGUCGUGCAAAUGAAUGUUGUUAUAUAGUACAUUAUAAGUCUUCAACAAGUGAAACAGCAGGUCAAGGAUUUCUCAAGGGACCGGCGACUUUCAUCAUAACAGACAAUUUGGUUUUCACUCCACUAGUUUCCAUGUGGAGUCUCACCUUUCUUAAAAGCAUGAAUGUUCCCCUAGAUGACUUGGAGGUUCAGAUGGUUGAUAUGGACAUGAAGCAGGCCUCGAGACUAUUGAAGGCUUCUCUCUUAUCCAAAUCAGUACUAACCGAUGUCUUUGUCAACAUUGGCCUAAAGACUCCCAAGCAAGAAAAGUAAAAACCCUUAUAAGGACAUCAUGGGAUUUAAAAUAGCCUGGAGUUUAGUGACCUCUCUAAGGAUCGCUUGAUUUAAUUAACUUUCUCAUAAAAUGUAUACUUGUGUUUGGCAUUUAUUUUCCCUUUAUAGAACAGCAUAUAUACUAGUCUAUAGCAAUUUUUAUUUUGUACUUAAUUUGGUAGUAGAAUUUUUUUUAUUUUGUUGAUCCAACAUAUUGCAAAUAUGUAGAAAGAUACUCAACCACGUGUUCACCUUA